UACACAUGAAAAGGCACGGACAAACAAGGGCAAAGGGGGAAAACCAUAAAAAAUGUGAGGGUAGAGUCGGAAGAAGAAGAAGGAAGAAAAUCGGCUCUCACACGGAAGAAAAAGAAGAAGAUCGGCGUCGACGGCGUAAGACUAAGAGAAGGAGAGGAGAUCGGCGUUUCAGGAUAUGGAGGUGAAUUUGGUACAACGCGAUCAUCAAGAUGAGGAGGAAUUUGUAUUGCUUGAUCUUAGCAGUGUUUCUGGGGAACUUGACAUCCCGGCAAAUGCACCGUAUGUUCUAUCUGGUCUGGACACAUUGAAUCCAGUAUUAAUUAUAGAUGGCAAAUUGAAACUGAUUGGGGAAUAUGAAGAAACAAUUGGCACAUGCUUGGUCUUCACAGAAGAAGAUGGUAAUCCAGUGGUUCAUGAAGAGGUAGGACCAUCUGAGGCAAACCUUUUCUCAGGAAAAUGUAUAAUAGAUCCUAAUCAAACUCCAAGCAAACAAGUGAAACCGGUAACUCAGCUUCAGAAAAUUCUAAAGUUUAGAUUGGCCACAGAUGCUGACAUUCAAUGUUCGACAGCUGAGCAGACUAAAUGAGUAAGUUUGAAACAAAUUUUCCUUGGUGAUUCCGUACAGAAUCUUAUGCUGGGAUUUGGAUCCAUUCAACAGUCAAGGAAUGUCAGUUAGGGAAUUCCAUACUUAAGGAUGGUUUAUAGAAACCUACAGAAAUGCAAAUUCAAAGCAGUAACAAUGCCUAGGUAUUUGUUAUUAGUGAUUCUCUGGAUGGAAUCAAUGGUUUUACAGGGAACCUUGUCCCCCUAAGUCCCAAGCCCUCCAAAAUCUACAAGUCAUGGAUAGAAUUCUGUGCUAGUGUGAUUUUGAUUCUUCCAAUUUUGCGAUGAGGCAUCCCAAUCGUUUAAGAAUUAUCAUGUAUCCUUUGUAAGCAGGCAGGAAUUCAGAUGAAACAUGAACAAAUUGAUCAGUACAUUUUUAAUAUUUUUGUAAGCAAACCAAAAAAUUCAGUAAAUGUUCAUAACCCAUCCAA